UGAAGUAAUGUUCGGAAUUAUUUUCUUUGUAAUAUCAUACAAAAAUCAAUUCGGAUUAUUACGUUUUUGAUGAGAUAGAGCAAUGUUGUAUAACUAAGGUGAUUCUCAAUUCGUUUUUUAACAAAUUGUCUUAUUUUUGAAUUAGAAGAGGAACAGCAUACUAUUGAAGAAAAACGGAGAGUGGAAGAAUGGCGCUACGACCAACGAGUGUUGUACAAAUAGCUAAAAUAACUUUUAUCCUGGUCUUAGUGUUGCUCGGAGCUUUUUUAUUCUUUAAUAAUGAACUGAACUACUCGUUAAAACAUAUGCCAAAUGUGUUAUUUAAAACGAUUAACCAUACGAAAAAAUUACAGGCACAGUUUCCGUUAGCUACAUGCAAUAUUGGAGUUAAACUACAGGAAUAUGAAUACUCGGAUAUAACAAAAUGUGUGCAAGGAUACGCCAAGUUGGAGAAAUCGAACAUUAAUUCAGGAAAGAUGGAACAUCAGAGAGUCAUGAUUCACAAACCUUAUUUAACACGAAAUGAUAGUUUAAUGAUUGAGAUAGGUGGCUACAAAGGUGUUGACGUUGAUCGUCUUAGAUCUAAAGGAAUUCGACCAAAAUAUAUCAUGCUGGAACCAGUGCCUUUGUUUUUUGAUUUGCUUGUUAAAAAAUUCAAAAAGGACGAUAAAAUUACAGUCUUAAAUUUUGGACUUGGUUGUGAGGAUAAGAUUUUAACCAUACCAAUACAAACUGAUGCCACGUCGCUAUUCAGACAAGAAAUCCAAAAAGGCACAGAAACGACGGAAAUCAAAAUAAGAAAGUCGAUCGAUUUUUUCGACGAAGUGGGUGUGACUAAGAAAAAUGUUGAUUUAUUACACAUCAAUUGUGAAGGAUGUGAAUUUGAACUCUUAGAAGAUUUGAUCUCGACUGGAUACAUUAAAUAUUUUAAUCACAUUCAAUUUCAAUUUCAUAUGCAUUUACCACAAAUACACAAAGAAGAAUGUCGUUACUGUCAAAUUAUGCAGCUGUUACGUCGAACUCAUACACCGAUGUUUCAAUAUAGACAUACAUGGCAGGCAUGGAAAAAAAAUGAUUUGUAAUUUACACAUGUAUAUAUAUAGUGAGGUGUUACAAAAUAAAACAGUAUUAUGCCUUAUCCAGUAAUAAAGCAAUGAAUAAAUAC